CUAGAACCCACAGCAUUAUGAAAUUGAAACCACUAUUUCCUCUGGCUCCGGAUAUCAGUUUUCUCGUUGCCAUUCACUGGCUGGUCAAAAAGCAAGGUAAAACACGAAGAUUCCUUGCAAAUUUCGUACGUGACCCGCAACUGAAGUGAAUGAAACACGGAAUGCUAAAGUAAAAGAUACGUUGAAUGAAGCUUCUUGGAAAUUUAUUUCCUACAUACGCGUGACGAAGCCCCAAUCUACAACACUCUGCUCCUCAAAAACUGUUAAACCCAAGACUACUGCUGCCUUCACCACCUCCACAAGGCCUCUUCGCCGCUGCCUCGCCGCUAUCAAAAGCCACAGCCGUCGCAUCAUCAAGUCCGAGCCUCCCUUCAGAUCUGUUAUUUUUUCUCAAUCAUUUCGCGAAACUAAUGCCGCAGAUCUUUUCUUUGGCCUCCGAUAUGCAAAACCCAAGAGUCUGAACUCCAUCUUCACCUACACGCGCCGCCACGCGCGGUGGCCGUCGAUCCACGCACCGUCACAGUUUCUCCGUCGACUGGUGGUUCACGAAACCAACGCCACGGUUCUCUUCGUCGGCCUCUGAUAUGUAAAACCCAAGAAGCCGGCCUCCAUCUUUGAUCACACGCGCCUUCACGCGCGGCCUGAAAUUUGGCCGCCGAUCCACGCGCCGUCGAUGGUUGCCGUUGACCAUUGCUCUGACUCCAACGAGCUCAUGCCUUCUUCUUGCACUUUUUAUCUCAAAAAAGAAGCACUAGAGCAAGAACUCCAUCAACACCACAGCUAUCACAAGCACCACAACGCCUCUCCAAUCCACCGAUCUCCAUCUCUAUACCCAUUUUUGAAUCAACUCUUCUCUCGAUCUAAUCCACACCAUCUCGGUCACAAGCACCGAUCCAUAACUCCGAUCAGACAAGCACCGAUCUCCACAACUCCGAUCCACAAGCACCGAUCAGGCAAGACCUAUAUCCACAAGCUUCGAUCAAGCGAGACCCAUGAACUCUGAUCGUUCCAGUAAGCACUGAUCUCUCUUUGUUGUUUGUCCGUUUGGGUUUGUUUGUGUGUGGGUGUGUUUGUGUAUCUCUGUGUUAUUUAUUUAUUUAUUUUUUGAGCAAGUAUAUCUCUGUGUAAAUUUGUCUGUAUAAAUGUGUUUGGGUUAAUUUUCAGUUGAUUUUGGUUAAUUUUCAGUAGAUGUGUUUGGGUUAAUUUUCAGUUGAUUCUGGCAUGUUGGGUUGUUGUAAUGGUUGGGGAAGAUAAGUUGUUUGAUAGAGGAGAGAGAAAAUAAAAUUAAAAAAAAUCGUUUACACGGUGAACAAUAACCGUGUAUAUAUACACGGUUACUGUUCAUUUACACAGCCGAGUGUAUAUUUUGCACAAUUUUACACCUACUGAUAUGGGUGUAUUUUUGGCCAAAAUGUGUAAAAAUGGUUGCUUUAUGUAUUUUGCAAGACUAUCCAUGGACUGAUAUGGAUGCUCUUAGACUUAGAAAGCAGAAUUCAGUCAUCCGCUACCUACAUUUCUCUUCCAAAUCCUAAUCCCACCGAACAAAAAUUAGUUUUUCCCUCUCAAUCUCAGGCACUCACCUAACCAUUUUUCUCUUCUUUUUUGCUCUCAGCCACGUAAUGUUUCUUCCAAACCUUAAUCCCGCCAAAUAAUUAGUAGUGUUUCUCUCUUAAUCUUAGAUUUUCAGCUCCCACUAACUAUUUUUUUCUUCUCUUUUGCACUUGGCCACAUAAUUUUUUUUUUCCAUACCCUAAUCCUGCUGAACAAACAGUAGUUUUUACCUCUUAAAUUCUCAAUCUUAGGCUCCGACCUAACCUCCUAUUAUUUAAGAACACAAGCUCUCAGUCUCACUCUUAACUCUCAAGCCCAUAUAACCGUAAAACCUAAUCAUGGGUGGAAGUUCCCUCCAACUUCUCCUUACUUUUGUUCCUUUUUUGCUAUGCACGAAGCCAACUCUUGGAAAUUAUUUGGGUGUGGGAGAUAUUAACCUCAGUUGCAUAGAGUAGGAGAGACAAGCACUUCUUAAGAUUAAAGAGGGUCUUAUUGAUGACUUUGGUCAUCUUUCUUCUUGGAGUUCUGAAGAGGGGAAAAGAGAUGGUUGCAAAUGGAGUGAGGUUAGCUGUAGCAACCAAACAGGCCACGUAGUCAUGCUCAAUCUUAAUUUCUCAAUCUUGGAACCUUUGAGAGGUAAACUUAGUCCAUUCUUGACUGACUUGCAAUAUUUGAAUUAUUUGGAUGUGAGUUUCAAUGAUUUUAAUCAGAGCCCAAUUCUAGAGUCCAUUGGUUCUCUCUCCUCCUUAAGUCACCUUGAUGAUAAUGCUAAUUUCGGAAGAAACAUUCUUUUUCAGCCUGGAAACCUUUCGAGGUUGCAGUAUCUUGAUCUAAACUACAAUCAUUUUAAUAAUCCCAAAAACCUAGAGUGGCUUAGUCAACUUUCUUCUUUAAAAUACCUUGGCAUGGGUGGGGUUAAACCAUUGGCUCUAGAUCAAUUAUUAAACUACCUUAACACAAUGGAAACAAAGAGGACCUACACAGUGAAAUUUGUCCAUAUUCACUUCUAUUGCAACAUAAAACCUAUCUUUAAAAUUGUUCAAGAAUCUGAAAUAGGCGACUCGUAGAGACAUAUUCAAUAGUAAUGUGCCAACAACUCCCCAGAAACCUACGAUAAAUCCAAGUGCCAAACUAACAUAAAAUCCUAGUGAUAUAAACCCUUCUUUCUUGUCUUGCAUGCCAGCAUGUUCUCUUCUCCUGUUCAUGGCUGGAUUUUGAGCUAUUCCUUCUCCCGAACAUUUCUUUGGGAGUGGGGCUCCACAAAGAUUUGGAUUCCCCUCAUAUGAGGAUGCAUUAACGGUAUCAAGUUGAGGGCUUGUAGGAAUUUUUCCGGACAAAUUGUUGUUUGACAAGUCCAAGACACUUAGACAAUCAAUAUGAGAAAGGCUGAAAAGAAUUCUACCGGAAAGCUGGUUCUUAGAUAGAUCCAAGAAAUCUAAAGAUUGUAAUGCACCAAUAUUUGAAACAAUUUGUCCAAAUAAAUGGUUUCUUGAGAGAUUCAAAGAUAUCAAUUCAACAAGUUCUGUAAUUUCUUGAGGAAUUGUGCUAGUUAAUUUAUUGCUCGAGAGAUUAAUGCUCUUUAAUAGUCAAAGGAUAUUCUUGUACUCAUGCUCGCUUCCUUUCCACGUCCAAAGCGCUUGGUCAUCAUAUAUAAUUGAAUAUAGUGUCAUGCCUAGAAUUUCAAUAUACUCAUGGGUGAUGGUGGUGCUUGAGCUCAAUUUUUGAGUCAAAGCAGUUAUAUUGUUGAGAAAUUUUGGUAUACUUCCAGAGAUUUGGUUUAAUGCGAGGUUUAAAAGUUGAAGAUGAGCAAGAUGGCAUAGAUGUGAAGGCAUGAUUCCGUGUAAGUGAUUAGAUCGAAGGAUGAUGAUAGCCAAAUUUGGAAUGCUGGUCCCUAACCACAUCGGUAUUUGUCCCGACAAGUUAUUGUGUCCAAGAUUAAUAUAUUUCAAUUUUGUACAAUUCUUCAAGGAUGAAGGAAUUUCCCCACUAAAACUAUUGUUUCUUAAAUCAAUUGUUUCAAUCCCAAGUAGCAAGCCCAUCGAUCUUAGGAUUUUCCCAAAAAAAUGAUUGUUUCUCAAAUUAAGAAUUUUCAAUCCUUCAAGAUGCAUCCAACAAUCAGGAAGCUCUCCUGAUAAUUGAUUAUUGGAGAGAUCUAAAAAGAUCAAAAAUUCAUUUCUGAUUGCACAUAGAGAUUGGAUUGGCUCUGAAAACAUAUUCUGGGAAAGAUUCAAAUGUGCUGCUUUAAAUAAAAACGAUGGUAUUUCACCUUCUAGAUUAUUUGAACUCGGGUCUAUAAAGGGGAAAUUGGAGAUUUCCAAUGAAAAAUUUGGAAUAUGGCCACUGAUUUGGUUAUUAGACAAAUCCAAAAAUUGUAGUUGUGGAGAAAAGUCCCAACAGAAAUGGGAAAUGUUAUCAGAAAUUCCAGAAUUAGAAAUAUCAAGCCAGUAGCAAUUUUUCUGAGUUUGAAGCUAUUUUGGGAAUUGAGGAAGGCCUAGUUGGCAAGGCCUUAAAAAUAUCCUUUCUAAUUGGAAAGGUGAAACCCAAUUAGAGCUGAAGUUGAGAAUCAAUGGGGUAUGUGAUAAGUCCAAAUUCUUCAAAUUUUUUUAGUUUUGAGAAGUGGGUUUCAGAAAUUACACCUUCGAAUGAAUUAUCAUGAAGCCUGAAAGUUCCUAGGUUGGAUUGUUUUCCCAAACUUUCAGGUAUUGUCCCAUUCAAAUGAUUGUUAGAAAGUGAUAACACUCUCAAUGAUGGAAAUGUUGAGAGAUCAGGUAAUUUUCCAAUGAUUUGAUUCGAAUCUAAAAACAAGUUCUCUAUUGAGUGUUGUGCACACCCUGUCAAGUUGUGAAUAAUUCCUAGGAAUUUUCCAUUGAGAUUGGCCCGUAUGAGAGACAAUGUUUUUAAAUUACACAUACUACCAAAAAAAGAAGAAUACUACAAUGCAAAAUGUACACCCAAUAAUUGAUUUGGGAUUGUGUGUACGAGUAUUAAACCUACUAGUAACCAUGUUGUGCUAUCAAUGUUUAAUGGGGUUAACCAUUGGCAAUAUGUCUCUAUUUUAAAUUCAACAAUUGGCUCCAAAUAAUGAAUAAACUUCCUUACUUGACAUCCUGGUUCUUGGAGAAUUGUAAUCUUCCUAAUAUUUUCUCUGUUUCCCUUGCUAAUUCUUCUACUUCUCUUGAUGUUCUCUAUCUCCCUUAUAACGGUCUGACUUCCUCUUUGUCAAUACUAGAGUGGUAGUUCAACUACAACACUAGUGUUGUUGAACUUGAUCUCUCUAAUAACCAAUUGCAAGAUAUGAUUCCUGAUGCUUUUAGCAAAAUAAAGUCUCUUGCACAUCUCUAUCUUAAUGAUAAUGAGUUUGAUGGUGGAAUACCAAAAUCCUUUGACAGUAUGUGUAAUUUAAAAACAUUGUCUCUCAUAUGGGCCAAUCUCAAAGGAAAAUUCCUAGGAAUUAUUCAUAACUUGACUGGGUGUGCACAACACUCAAUAAAGAACUUGUAUUUAGAUUCGAAUCAAAUCACAGGAAAAUUACCUGAUCUCUCAAUAUUUCCAUCAUUAAGAGUGUUAUCACUUUUUAACAAUCAUUUGAAUGGGAUAAUACCUGAAAGUUUGGGAAAACAAUCCAACCUAGAGACUUUGAGGCUUCGUGAUAAUUCAUUCGAAGGUGUUAUUUCCGAAACCUACUUCUCAAAACUAAAAAAAUUGAAGAAUUUGGACUUAUCGCAUACCCCAUUGAUUCUCAACUUCAACUCUAAUUGGGUUCCACCUUUCCAAUUAGAAAGGAUAUUUUUAAGGCCUUGCCAACUAGGCCCUCCUCAAUUCCCAAAAUGGCUUCAAACUCAGAAAAAUUGCUAUUGGCUUGAUAUUUCUAAUUCUGGAAUUUCUGAUAACAUUUCCCAUUUUUGUUGGGGCUUUUCUCCACAACUACAAUUCUUGGAUUUGUCUAAUAAUCAAAUCAGUGGCCAUAUUCCAAAAUUUUCAUUGGAAAUCUCCAAUUUCCCCUUUAUAGACCUGAGUUCAAAUAAUCUAGAAGGUGAAAUACCAUCGUUUUUAUUUAAAGUAGCACAUUUGAAUCUUUCCCAGAAUAUGUUUUCAGAGCCAAUCCAAUCUCUAUGUGCAAUCAAAAAUGAAUUUUUGAUCUUUUUAGAUCUCUCCAAUAAUCGAUUAUCAGGAGAGCUUCCUGAUUGUUGGAUGCAUCUUGCAGGAUUGAAAAUUCUUAAUUUGAAAAACAAUCAUUUUUUUGGGAAAAUCCCAAGAUCGAUGGGCUUGCUACUCGGGAUUGAAACAAUUGAUUUAAGAAACAAUAGUUUUAGUGGGGAAAUUCCUUCAUCCUGAAGAAUUGUACAAAAUUGAAAUAUAUUAAUCUUGGACACAAUAACUUGUCGGGACAAAUACCGAUGUGGUUAGGGACCAGCAUUCCAAAUUUGGCUGUCCUCAUCCUUCGAUCUAAUCACUUACACGGAAUCAUGCCUUCACAUCUAUGCCAUCUUGCUCAUCUUCAACUUUUAGACCUCACUUUAAACCAAAUCUCUAAAAGUAUACCAAAAUGUCUCAACAAUAUAACUGCUUUAACUCAAAAAUUGAGCUCAAGCACCACCAUCACCCAUGAGUAUAUUGAAAUUCUGAGCAUGACACUAUAUUCAAUUGUAUAUGAUGACCAAGCGCUUUGGACGUGGAAAGGAAGCGAGCAUGAGUACAAGAAUAUCCUUGGACUAUUAAAGAGCAUUGAUCUCUCGAGCAAUAAAUUAAUUGACACAAUUCCUUAAGAAAUUACAGAACUUGUUGAAUUGAUAUCUUUGAAUCUCUCAAGAAACCAUUUAUUUGGACAAAUUGUUUCAAAUAUCGGUGCAUUACAAUCUUUAGAUUUCUUGGAUCUAUCUAAGAACCAGCUUUCCGGUAGAAUUCCUUUUAGCCUUUCUCAUAUUGAUCGUCUAAGUGUCUUGGACUUGUCAAACAACAAUUUGUCCGAAAAAAUUCCUACAAGCCCUGAACUUGAUACCUUUAAUGCAUCCUCAUAUGAGGGGAAUCCAAAUCUUUGUGGAGCCCCACUCCCAAAGAAAUGUUUGGGAGAAGGAUAGCUCAAAAUCCAGCCAUGAACAAGAGAAGAGAACAUGCUGGCAUGCAAGACAAGAAAGAAGGGUUUAUAUCCCUAGGAUUUUAUGUUAGUUUGGCACUUGGAUAUAUCGUAGGUUUCUGGGGAGUUGUUGGCACAUUACUACUGAAUAUGUCUCUGUGAGUCGCCUAUUUCAGAUUCUUGAACAAUUUUAAAGAUAGGUUUUAUGUUGCAAUAGAAGUGAAUAUGGCUAGAUUUCACUGUGUAGGUCCUCUUUGUUUCCAUUGUGUUAAGGUAGUUUAAUAAUUGAUCUGGAGCCAAGGGUUAACCCCACCCAUGCCAAGGUAUUUUAAAGAAGAAAGUUGACUAAGCCACUCUAGGUUUUUGGGAUUAUUAAAAUGAUUGUAGUUUAGAUCAAGGUACUGCAACCUCGAAAGGUUUCCAAGUUGAAAAAGAAUGUUUCUUCUGAAAUUAGCAUUAUCAUCAAGGUGACUUAAGGAGGAGAGAGAACCAAUGGACUCUGGAAUUGGGCUUUGAUUAAAAUCAUUGAAACUCAUAUCCAAAUAAUUCAAAUAUUGUAAGUCAGUCAAGAAUGGACUAAGUUUACCUCUCAAAGGUUCCAAGACUGAGAAAUUAAGAUUAAGCAUGACUACGUGGCCUGUUUGGUUGCUACAGCUGACCCCACUCCAUUUGCAACAAUCUCUUUUCCCCUCUUCAAAACUCCAAGAAGAAAGAUGACCAAAGUCAUCAAUAAGGCCCUCUUUAAUCUUAAGAAGUGCUUGUCUCUCCUGCUCUAUGCAGCUGAGGUUAGUAUCUCCCACACCCAAAUAAUUUCCAAGAGUUGGCUUCGUGCACAGCAAAAAAAGAACAAAAGUGAGGAGAAGUUGGAGGGAACUUCCACCCAUGAUUAGGUUUUUCGGUUAUAUGGGCUUUAGAGUUGAGAGUGAGACUGAGAGCUUGUGUUCUUAAAUAAUGGGAGGUUAGGUCGGAGCCUAAGAUUCAGAAUUUGAGAGGUAAAAACUACUGUUUGUUCGGCGGGAUUAGGGUAUGGAAAAAAAAUUAUGUGGCCGAGUGCAAAAGAGAAGAGAAAAAUAGUUGGUGGGAGCCUGAAAAUCAAAGAUUAAGAGAGAAACACUACUUAUUGUUCGGCGGGAUUAGGGUUUGGAAGAAACAUUACAUGGCUGAGAGCAAAAAAGAAAAGAAAAAUGGUUAGGUGAGUGCCUGAAAUUCUAAGAUUGAGAGGGAAAAACUAAUUUUUGUUCGGCGGGAUUAGGGUUUGGAAGAGAAAUGUAGGUAGCAGAUGACUGAGUUCUACCUUCUGAGUCUAAGAGCAUCCAUAUCAAUCCAUGGAUAGUCUUGCAAAAUACAUAAAGUAGCCAUUUUUACACAUUUUGGCCAAAAAAACACCCACAUCAGUGGGUGUAAAAUUGUGCAAAAUAUACACCCAGCUGUGUAAAUGAACAAUAACCGUGUAUAUAUACACGGUUACUAUUCACCGUGUAAACGAUUUUUUUAUUUUAUUUUUUCUCUCCUCUAUCAAACUACUUCUCUUCCCCAACCAUUACAACAACCCAGCGCGCCAGAAUCAAUUAAAAAUUAACCCAAACACAUCUACUGAAAAUUAACCCAGUAUCAACUGAAAAUUUACCCAAAAUCAACUGAAAAUUAACCCAAACACAUCUACACAGACAAAUCUACACAGAGAUACACUUGCUCAAAAAUAAAAAAUAAAAA